UUCAGAUGCUGGUGUGAGUGUUUUUUUAAUUUUAAUAUAUAUAUAUUUUUAAAGCUAAGCUUGAACUCACCAGUAUUAUAAAAAAGACAUUUUCUGCCAUCAGAACAGCUGUUUUCUUGUAAACAAAAAACAGCAAACUAUUGACUCACCACGUGAUUAUCAAAACAAAAAUCUGAUCAUCAUCCCACUGGAAACAUCUUGUCCUGUCCUGCCGGUAGAUGGGGACAGUCAAAGUCCCAGACUGGCAGUAAAGACUCCUGGACCACCCCUGUCAGUCUGUGGGAGGCUUCCUAUUGGUCUGGGAGCGAAUGAGGUGUCAUAUGUCCCACACUUGCAUUGAGCCGUGAAUGCAGCCAAACUUUUACCGAAGAAAAGUGAGACUUUCCGGUUUGAUUUCAAUCAGUGAGGUAAAUUAAAGUUUGUUUGUUGUCAGAGUGUUUUACAGUGAUGGUGUAGCUUCAUGCUCUGCAGCAGAGAGAGGGUUUUCUUUCGGUGCUGACAGGUUUGUGGAGCUCGGUGUGAUUCACGGUGGUGUUCACGGGUUGUUUGCGGCACCAGGAGUCGGUUAAAGCGGACAAAUGUCUGAGUGUGAGCAGAGAGGAAACACGGAGCAGCAGACGUUAAGGUCGGAGCAUGAACCAAACGGAAGCUUGGUGAACCCCAGAGCGGUGUGUAACGUGUGUAGACGGUUGUACCGGGACCCUAAGAUCCUCCCGUGUCUGCACACCUUCUGCUCGGACUGUAUCAGCCAGCUGGAGCCGUUCUCGGUGUCUGCACGGAGUCACCGGGACGGACCGGAGGGCAGCAGGGGGGGCGGUGAGGGGACGGAGGAGGACCGACCCGCCGUCACCGUGACGGUGCUGUGCCCAGAGUGUGACUCCGAGGUGGAUAUCCCUCCGUCGGGACCGGGAGGGCUGAGCACCGACCACCUGGCGCUGGAUGAGGUGUUCCUGGAGACCCUGGUGACUGACGGCCCGCUGGGAUGCGACCUGUGCGGCGAAGGAGGCGCCGAGAGCCGCUGCGAAGUCUGCUGCGUCAACCUGUGCGAGUUCUGCUGCCAGGCACACAGGCGGCAGAAGCGAACAGCGUCUCACUCUCUUCAGUGUCUGGAGGAGCUGAAGUCUCGUGGUCGUCUGAGCCGCCCCGUCCUCUGCUCCCUCCACCCCGGCCAGGAGCUGCGGCUCUUCUGUCAGCCCUGCGACCUGCCCGUCUGCCUGGAGUGCGCCACCCUGCUGCACCGUGACCACCGCUGCCGCCCCACACGUGAUGUUAUCGAUCGUCACGGAGACCGCAUCCGAGAGCUGGUGGCGGUGCACCUGCAACCGCGCAUGGAGCGUCUGAGGGACUCACUGCAGAAGGUAGAAACAUCCCAGGAGACUUUGCAGGCGCGGGUGGAUGCAACAGCCAAUGAGGUGAGGGCGUUUGCACGAGCCUACGCCAGCGCUGUGGAAGCCCACUGCCUGUCUCUGCUGCACGGCCUGGAGGAGCUCCGUGUCCAGCGCAGGAACCAGCUCCACCUGCAGAAGGCGCAGCUGCAGCAGGCUCUGUUGGAUGUCGGUGGAGGUGUGGAGUUUGCAGAGAGACUUCUGAGCUGUGGCUCAGACGCUGAGAUCCUAAGCGCCAAAGGAGUGACCCUGAGAAGACUGACCAGCCUGGUGGAGAACAGCUACGACCCCCACCCGGCAACCGUCGCCCCUGACGACGGCAGUGGCAUCAGCUUCUUGCCCAGGGAGCCAGCAGGGGAGGUGGACGGCUACCCGGUGGUCGGGGUGAUCAACUCGAAGACAGUGGACCUCAGCAAGUGCACCAUCGAAGGGGAAGGUAAACCAGCCUGAAGGCAGGUAUAUUCUGAUUUAAGAGUAAUAGGAGUGAUGACAGGACGAUGGGGCUACAAAUACCUGAGUUACACCUGUUUGAGUAAUGUUUUCUUUUAAACAACAGUGUCUGGCUGUUUUUUAGAAGUUUUCUUGUGAGACAGGUGCCAAACACUCAUUUUGUUGGGUGCGAUGUGGCAGGGAGGCCUUCAUGUGUCUUUGUCCCUCGUCUACCGAGCGUAGCCACGUCUUCUCUCGGUAGAGAAGGGUGAUGCGAAGCCUUGGCAGGGUACAGCAAGAAAGGCUUAAGUCCUGGAUUGUACAGCUCAGUCACCACUUCUCUGUACUCCACUCACUGGCUCAAAU